CGGCUCGCAAAACACAGCCAGACGGUUUCAGGAGACCAAAUGCCAGCUUCAUUGAAAAAGCUCGGUUAUCGAGAAUAGAGACAGGAGGGACAGACGUUUCCAGUGUGCAGACACACACAUAACAAUACACAGAAAGCUCUGGGGAACUCGGGGAAAAGGACAUUUUCACAGCCUCAAGAACUUCGAGCUGACAGCCAGACGGUGUAGUAGAAUUGCAGUGCAGUGCGUAAGGAAACUGAACGCAGCACCAGGAGACGGAACAGCUCACUGCGUUUACCAACAAGAGACAGUGAGGAGGAGUGAGAGAGAGACAGACUGAUUUUUUUUGUAUUCUUGUAUUUUUUAUAUCAUAUUUAUUAAUUUAUAGCCUACGCGAACAUAUUUUUUUUUUCUCCAAUUGUUGGUUCUGUUGGGGUCAGAUUUUUUUUUCUUCUUCAUUUUUUGGAAUAUGGUUGGGGAAAUGGAAUCGAAGGAGAAACCUAAACCCACCCCAGACUAUCUCAUGCAGCUCAUGAAUGAUAAGAAACUGAUGAGCAGCCUUCCCAACUUCUGCGGGAUUUUUAACCACCUCGAACGGCUGCUUGAUGAAGAGAUCAGCCGGGUGCGCAAGGACAUGUACAACGACACGCUAAACGGCAGCACAGAGAAGCGGAGCAGCGAGCUCCCUGACGCAGUGGGCCCCAUCGUGCAGCUCCAGGAGAAGCUCUUUGUCCCUGUAAAAGAGUACCCCGAUUUUAACUUUGUGGGCCGGAUCCUGGGACCACGGGGGCUGACAGCCAAGCAGCUGGAGGCAGAGACAGGAUGUAAAAUCAUGGUGCGCGGGAAGGGCUCCAUGAGGGACAAGAAGAAGGAGGAGCAGAACCGAGGAAAGCCCAACUGGGAGCACCUCAAUGAGGACCUGCAUGUCCUGAUCACGGUGGAGGACGCUCAGAACCGCGCUGAGAUCAAGCUGAAGAGGGCCGUGGAGGAGGUCAACAAACUACUGGUGCCUGCGGCGGAGGGAGAGGACAGCCUGAAGAGGAUGCAGCUGAUGGAACUGGCCAUCCUCAACGGCACCUACCGAGACGCCAACAUCAAGUCACCUGCCCUUGCCUUCUCUUUUGCAGCGAACGCCCAGGCGCCCCGCAUCAUCACCGGCCCCGCCCCUAUGCCCCAGAAUGCCCUGCGCACGCCCACCCCGGCCGGCCCCACCCUAAUGCCCCUGAUCCGACAGAUCCAGACCUGCAUGCCCAACGGCUCGCCCCACCCGGGCGUCAUGACCCAGGGUCCCGAGGCGGGCCUCAUAUACGCGUCGCCCUACGAUUACCCCUACACGCUGGCCCCUGCCACCUCCAUCCUGGAGUACCCCAUCGACUCCAGCGGGGUGUUAGGUAAGAAUGCGUGCCCCUGCGAUUGCCCCGCAGCCCCCCACCAACACUACCACCCCCACGGCCAGUGGAACCCCGCCCCCACGCUGAUCCUGCGCCACACCUCCUAAAUAAUCCCCCCCCACCCCCCCAGUCAGCAACAGAAAAAAACAUUCCAGCUCUUUACUGCAUCUUUCUUUUCACUGUCACGAGACACUUCUCUCAUCUAAAAAGCCCUUUAAGUAAUGUGUGCAUAAAUAAAUAGGCUGUUAAGUGCUCCACUGGCUCGAUGUGAAUUAUAAGAGGGAGCUGUUUUAUUUGGGAAAAGGUCCUUACCCUCCUCUCUCCCGGUCCCCGCAUACACACGUGGCCCUAUAGCUUUGAAAAAGCCACUUUAGAAAAUCAGAUUAGAAAUAUCAUAUUACCAACACAACGUGACUCCAUUAAGAAUGCUCCCAAAGGCACAGUGUAAACCUGAACUGCUAUCAAUGCAACAAAAUGCCAACAGCAGCUUGUCCAAUUGGGUUGAGCACAUUCUAAAUAGUCCGUCUGAACUGUGUCAGCCCGUAGCAGCCAGUUUUCUGCCCAGUGCAGUGGACCAAGCCUCCAACUGUGUGUCUGGGUGAAGGGAGAGGGGGUGUUACUGUGAGGAGAGGGGCGGGGGGUGGAGGUCGAGGAGCGGCGGAGCCCGGCGAAGAUUUCACCCUGUCUCUCUCUCUUGUGUAACCAAUACAGCGUCCUCAAAGGCCGAAGAGCUGCCCCUCUACCUGGGGUUUCAGACCUGUCACUUUCCCAUCACUGUGCAGCGAGGAGAGCCCUCCAACCGGCCUCCCUUUUAAAGAAACACCCCCUUCCCUCCCUCCUUCCCUCCAUCCCCUCACACAACACACACACACCUCCUCCUCCCCCCCUCCCUCCCUCCCCGCCACCACACGUUGGACUGGUCGAGGAUCGGCCCUCUCUGAACAACCACAAGCCACAUGGGGAAGCCUCAGCCCUUCCUCUUUGAACGUCUGUUCAAAGUGACGUGUGUGUUACUGAUCAACCCUUUUUGAUUUCCUGUCCUGAUGAUGAUGAUGAUAUAUCUGUGUAUGAUGAUGAUGAGGGAGAAUAAGCACUGAGCCCCACACUGCUGGAGACCCCCCUUGGGGCGGGGUCCCCCGUCACCCUCUCUCUUGGGUGUGGCUCUGGGGCAUCGGGAGAGGUAACAUGCGGAGGUCGGGACAGAGUGGUUACGGAGCCAAGGGAGUGGUGGGGUGUGUUGGUGACGAGGUUAAAGCAUCUACUGUAGGCUUGACAGGCUUUAUUCACAAAGGGAUUUUAGGACUUUCUGUCCCCACACUGAGUCUUUACUUCACUCUUAUCAUAAUAUUCACCGAAUGAUUAUUUCAGCUCAAGUGUAGCCACUCGAAACAACAGUAUGUGAGUGAACAACAUGGCCCUUUUGUAUAGAGCUUUUUUGUAUCGACUCAAAAGGAAUGUCCUAAAAUGGCUUUGGGAAUAGGGCCUGGUGAUGCUUCUCAAAGGACCGCCGGACACUCCUGGCACUAAUUCCCGGUUCCCUUCCUUUAUUCUAUAGGUGUGGCUUUCCCCACGAAAGGCUAAAAGAAUUUCAAGGAUCCUUACUGAGCCCCUCAUUCGAUCUAAGUGUUAACACACAGACACUUUUGUUUCCCAAACGGCCUCUUAGUAUAUCGAACCAUGAGUCAGGCCUAUAGCAGUCAGACAGACAGACCCCCUCACUACUGAUGUUUACACUGGCCCAACCUCCCCAAAGAGGCACAGCUCUUUAUACCAUGCAUGAUGUGUGUGUGGUGGUAUGUGCAUCCUGUACACACGCAGCCACACAUGUAUAUGUUGUUUCACUGACUGCUAUGUCUGGGCUUGAGAAUCUCGACAAAUACUGUCUCGCUUUACUAAUCACUUAAUUCAUUGCCUUUUUUCUUCUUUUUUUUAAUAAGAGAUGUUACUUUUUUUAUUACUGCAAAUGUGCCUAAAAGCUUUCGUCUCUGGGCUUUAACCAGAGAGUGAGUGAUCAGUAUUAUAUUUCAAACGAAUAACUAGAGAGAUGCACUUCCUGAUGCUCAACCUGAGAUUAUGUGACUAGUAAAGCUACCCUCUGUGUGUGUGUGUGUGUGUGUGUGUGUGUGUGUGUGUGUGUGUGUGUGUGUGUGUGUGUGUGUGUGUGUGUGUGUGUGUGUGUGUGUGUGUCUGAAUGCAUAAAUGCCUAAUGUCUGUGAAUCUGUAGCAAGGACUCGAGUAAACAAUGCUACUCCAUUGUCAUGGAUGUUAAGUCCAAUAUUUCUCCUUGUUGGAACAAAAUAUAUGAGUAUAAUUUGUGCCUUAACAUGUAUUUCUAAUGAUUUUUCCUAAUUUUGUUAGAUGUAUGGUCAUAUAUAAGCCUUUAUGAUAUGAUGAAUUGAAUUGAUGGAAAUGGUGAAGGAUGAAAUGACCUAAUCCUUGUUUUGGUCAUGUUGUUGCAAUCCGAGCAGGUGCAGUGACUACUAAAGUUCGAAGGCACGAACUGCGGGUCCAUCCUUACCAAAGGAUAGUGACCGCAGACCGAGGUUAGUUUAGCUCCUAUGCUUUUGUGUUUUAUUGCUAAUGCCUGCUCACUGUUGGUCCUGAUCUGUUUUGCAAUAUGUACAAAUUGUUAAGCUAGUCGUCCCAGUUUGUGAUGUGAUGCAACAUACUGCACCCCCUUCCUACUCUUGGCCUCUGAGAACGUUUAUUUAGGUGAUUCUGAGGAAUAGUGACCACAACACAGUAGGAUAAUGAUGCUUUUGCUAUCUAGGUAGAGACACAAACACGCAUACCUGCAUUUAUAAAACAAACUACUCCACUCCAUUAUUUCGAUGACUUUAUGAAUCUGACAUGAUGUUGAUGACAAAUAAUGGACUAUACCCCUUCUAAAAGAAAGAAGAUACAAUUAUCUGUGUUUUAGUUUCCCCCUCUGUUGAACGAGAAGUUUGCAAUUUUAUGCACUUAAGUCUUCAACUCCUUAUUAAGUGGAUAAUGUAACACUAUAAUUGAUCGAGUAUGUCCAUUUGUAUUUAUUUGUUUGCGGAAAUUACUUUUUGGAGAAUCUGACCCAUUUUAUUGUCAAAGACAACACACAAGUGGGUGUAAACCUGUCAUGUCCUAUUUGUUUUUUGUUUUCACUGUCUAAUUGGACUGCAGUAGCUUCCCAUUUUUACUACAGUAAUUUAGAUACAAAAUUACAUUGUUUAUUUAGUGUCAAAAGUCUCAACAGCGGCCUUAUGAGUAGAGAGGGGUGGACACGUGGUGGGCUUUAGACUGGAAAUAGCUUCUUCUGCAGAUAGGUAAACAAACACAACCGCCAAACCCUUUACUCUCUGAAGUCUACCCAUUUCCUGCCCUCCUUUUUUUUGAGUCCAUGCAGAACUUUUACUACCCUUACUGAAUAAUUGAGAAUAAUUGAGGAAGUUAUUGGAGAAGGAACCAUGUGUGAAGUUACACAGGCAACUAGGAAUUUGCGGGAUCUGUAGUCUACAGUGUCUUCUCUUUUUUAAUCCUUAGACCUCAGUGCUUCAAACAACAAGUGUGCCUUGUACAUGCACACACUGUGUAUCAUCACAUUUACAUUUCAUUACAGAUCAUUUCUCGUACCUAAUCAAGGAAACGGUUGCAAUGUGCCAGGGGAUUUGAUGCCAAUGCCAAUUGAAAACAGCCGACAAGCAGUGUAUUUAUCAAUAAGGCUACAUUUUAGUACAUACAUUGAAAUAGAACAAUCCAGUGAAAUUAAAUGAAAGUUCAAUAACCAAUUUUUUUGCUGCUAAAUGAUAUGGAACACUUAAAGAGAGAGUUCACCCAAAUUACAAAAUAACAUAUUGGUUUCUUUACCCUGUCAGCUGUCGGACAAGGUAUGACACAGCAACACAUGUUUUGGUUUAGUUUCCCAGACACUGUGUCCACAGUAAUCCAUUUUGUAAUUUGGGUGAAUUAUCCCUUUAACAUAUAGCACUGUAUGUUCAUCAUGUACAGUCAUAGUGUCGCACUUUAUACGUUGUUGGACAUUGCUUGAAUCCUUUUACUCUUAAAAAGAAAACGUAUUUAUGCCUAUCAUCAACAUGACCCGUCACAGUAAUGAGAGUCAGUGAUUGUCUUUACAAAAAGAAGUUCAGAUACACACAGUAUAUUAUACAGACUGUAUCUAAGGAUAUUCAGAUUUCACUGUAGAGCAGACUGUGAAUUGCCUCUGAAAACAUUACAGGACGAAUCUGCCCUAAAACAAAUAAGUCAUGUAAAAAAUAACUGUAACAUGGAGUUCCUUAAGAAGUGCAUAUUAUUACUAAAAGGUCAAACCUUAAUCAACAGUAAAAAAAAUCUGAUAAUGGUAACGGAUAGGUAACACUGACUUAAUUAAUGAGAAACCAACAUCAGAUUAAAUUGCACAAAGGCCUGUAUUUAAUCUACCUCUUCAUAGGUUUGGGCCCCAUACUCUGAUUAACAGUUUUACAACAUUAAAAGUUUGGACAACACUUUAUCCAAACAUUAAGGUAAUACAAUAUAAUAUGAUUGACAUUUGUGAUUCAGCGCGGUUCAGAUGGUGAACCAUGAGGCAGGUGGAUUGAAUGCAGGCCAACCAGUCAAACCUGUGUGUUUAGAGGUAGGCUGUCUCUGAUGGAGACAGAUGUAAAAUGGCAUCUGAAAUGUGGGUUUCUUUAUCAGCUCAUGUUGGCAAAGAUGUUGAACAGUCUCAGUAUAGUAUCAAAUAAGUGCAUCAAUUGGGUCUAGAGAUUUAUACAGUAUAUUCUGAUUUAGAUUUUCCUCUGGACAUUUUACAGUGCAUUUGAAAGCGUUUACAACAGCUCUCAACGAUACACAGUUUUCUCAAACUCUUAGUACAGUAGGAUUUACAGUCUCUUGUCAAUCUGGUGAAGAAACCACACCUUUCUGUUUUCUUUACAUCUGUUGCACUCUGCUUCAUUUGAAAAGAGAGACUUUACGCCACAGAACUUAUUUUGCACUGAAUGAUUUUAAAAAGUUAAAAGUUUUAAAUCUCUUCUGCUCCAGUCAGAAGGGCAGACAUGUUUCAAAAGUGACAACUACGACAAACCUCAGACGAUGAAAUAAGUAAAUGAAUACAUGUAUGAUCUAAGCUGAAGAAGUCUUAAACGGACCACUGUGGAGUGGACAGAGAAUUCUAGGGUUCCACUUUAUGGGUGAGAAAUUGCCAGAGUAUGAAUGCAUUUAUUAAGAAGGAAACAAAUCACCUUGAGACAUUUUUUUUAACGUUUUACUGUAAGCUUCUUUUUAUUUGUUGUUGUUGCAAAGAAAAUAGUAUAUACUUGUGGCUUCUUGAAAUAUAUAUAUAAAUAUAUAUAUUAAAAAUAUAAAGCAGGAAUGUAUAUGAAAUGUCAGAUUUUACUUGUAUUUUGCAAAGAAAUAGCCAGGAUUAUUCUAGAGGGCUAUUUGUAGGAAAGACACAUAGCAGCUUUAUAGAACCACUUUAGAAAAUGUCCUAUAUUUUUGAAUAUAUUUUAGGGCUUUAUACAAAAGACAGGACCUUUUCAGUGUUUAUAUGCAAGUGCAUUUUAUAUUAUGUGUCCUGUGAAUUGUCUAUUGUCUCCUAAGCUGAGGGUACCGGCUGAAGUGACAGCUUUAGCAUGCUCACGGCUUCAACUUCCAUGGCUAGUGUGCUAUUCUAGAAAAUACCAUGUAGUGUUGCUUUGUACCAUUAAGGCAAGGAUUUUCAUGUUUGUUGUAAAUAGAAAACAUACUUUAAAAAGGCAAUAAAAAAUUAUAUUGAGUAAAAAAAAACUAUA